AGUAGUUGGCAUUACGAGCUGUUGUGCUCGGUUCGCCCGCUUAUUUUACCAGACAAAGCUGAAUAUCAUGGCUCCUGGGAGAAAACAAGCAGGGAAAAGUACAAAGAUACCACAAGAAGAAAAAGUAAUCCUCUCCUAUGAGUUUCAGGAAAUAGAACAUAAAACUCUUAGUGGGUCAGAAGACGACAUUAGAGAUGCAGAAACUCCAGUGAUAGAUAAACAUGGAAAGAAGCGGUCUGCACCAAUGACCAAUCAAGAAGUAGACGAAGAUCAUAUGGGUGGUGAAGUCCAGACUAUGCUGGAACGAUUUGGAGCUGAUAUUAGCAAAGCUCUUUUAGCGAAAAGGAAAAGACUGGAAAUCUACACAAAGGCUUCGCUGAAAACUAGUAACCAAAAGAUUGAGAAUGUUUGGAAAACACAACAAGAUCAGAGGCAGAAGCUGAGCAAUGAAUAUUCUCAACAGUUCCUGGCCUUGUUUCAACAAUGGGAAUCUGAUGUACACAAAGCAGAAGAACAAGAAGACAAAUUAACUAACAUGUUCCGCCAGCAGCAGAAGCUUUUUCAGCAGGCAAGAAUCAUUCAGAGCCAGAGGCUUAAAACAAUCAAGCAACUAUAUGAGCAGUUUCUAAAGAGCAUGAAUGACCUGGAGAAAAACCACGAAGACCUCCUCACUGGGGCACAGAAUGAACUGAGGAAGGAAAUGGCUAUGUUGCAAAAGAAGAUUUUGAUGGACACACAACAGCAAGAGAUGGCAAGUGUUCGCAAGUCUCUUCAGUCAAUGUUAUUCUGAUGGUUCACUGAAGGUGGUAUUACUUGUACCUAUGCAACAUGAUAUAAUUACAGUUAUUAUUACCAUUGAACAAUUUGUACCCUAAUCCCUAUUUCAGGGUAAUGUUGAGGUAUUUUCCAGAGUUUAAUGUUUGUUUUUUCUUCUCUAAACCAGGACACCACGUUUGACACAAAUGCUUUAUUUUAUAACACAACUUC